CCCCCCGCGCCGGGCACCCCUACCUUCCGCGAUGGAAGAGUCCGGGGCGGGGAUGCGCGUGCGCACACAGGCGGGGGGCGGAGCGGCGCCGGAGCCGUGGUCGCCGUGGGUGACGCGAACCCCUGCCGGCAGUUUCCCGCAGACUGUAAAGCAUUGCACAGCGAUGACGUGAUUAUCCCCAGCGCAGAGGAGCAGACCUUCUUGGAAGCCUUCUUCCACCAUUUCUCCACCGCGUGAUUGGGGAGAAGUUACUUCUCUAAGCUUCAAUUGUCCGAUCUGGUGUCUGGGAUAUAGUUACUUUGAUCUAUAUUUCUCAGGGUGGCUGAGAAGGGAGCAUCGACCUUUCCUUCAUCGGGCCAAAGAUGCCUCUCUUUGGGAAUACGUUCAGUCCUAAGAAAACGCCCCCUCGGAAGUCCGCUUCUCUCUCCAACCUGCAUAAUCUGGAUCGAUCAACCAGGGAGGUCGAGCUGGGCCUGGACUAUGGAACCCCCACCAUGAACCUGGCGGGCCAAAGCCUGAAGUUUGAAAAUGGCCAGUGGAUAGCAGAGACGGGGAUUAGCGAAGAUGUGGACCGGAGGGAGGCUCAGCGGCUCCGCAGGCGGAACCAGCAGUUGGAGGAAGAAAACAAUCUCUUGAGGCUAAAGGUGGACAUCCUGCUGGACAUGCUGUCUGAGACCACUGCCGAGUCCCACUUAAUGGAGAAGGAAUUGGAGGAGCUGAAGAGCAUCAGUCACAGGAGGAAAUGAAUCACCCUGAAGACAUUUGUCAGGAGGAAAGGGAGAAGCCCAUCGACCAGAGGAGGGGGAUGUGGCUGAGAGUUUUUUGUAGCUGAACUACUGGAUCAGGUCCUGGGAGAGAGUGUCAUAUAGUGGGGCCCAAAGGCACCGGCCACAUCGGGUUGGCAGCGGGAAGGUACAGCAUAUUGGCAGAAACCAGGACUCCAGUCCAGGGCGGUAAGCAGGAACGAGCCCUGGGGUGCUGUCCAGGGGUUACUUCACGUACGAAUGGGCCAUCCCGGGCUCCCUCUCCCUGGACUGAUGCUGUUUGCCGAAGCCACUGGAGUUCACUGUCUCACCCCUCAUGCUGGUGUUGGGGCUAUGGCACCAGUCGUUCUAAAGAGCCCUGUAUUAGGGGCCUAGGAUGAAUGGCCCUCCCAGUUCUCUGCCUCCCAGGCUACUCUGUCCUUUAAAGAAUACUCAUUCUACAAAUUUACAACCUCUUCUGGCUUCAGCCUCUCAGUGGCAGGCACCAGCUUCCCUUGGCAAACACUAUAUUUUUGUGCUACUUUCCUGUUCACACUACUUUCUAAGAAUUAAAUGAUGAUAUGCAAUUGA